GUUCUGAGUCCUACCUCACCUUCAUCCCAUUGAAGAAGGCAACUGCACUUGCUUGAAGGCUGCUUUCUUCUCUUCAACAUCCCUUCCCUAACAAACAAGAGAGAGAGAGAGAGAGAGAGAGAGAGGGAUGGGGAAUUGCCAAGCGUCGGAGGCGGCGACGGCGGUGAUUCAGCACCCGGGAGGAAGAGUGGAGAGGCUGUACUGGCCGACGAGCGCGGCGGCCGUGAUGAAGAGUAACCCAGGCUACUACGUGGCCCUCGUCACUCUCUACGUCUCGGAGGAGAAGCAGGACGGCAGCGGCGGCAACGUCCGGAUCACCCGCGUGAGGCUGCUGAAGCCCAAGGACAUGCUCCUGCUCGGCCAAGUCUACCGGCUGAUCACCUCCCAAGAGGUCACAAAGGCUCUGAACCAAAGGAAGCACGAGAAGCUCAAGAAGACCCAGGCUGAACUGAUCAGGAAACAGCAACAGGGGGAGCAGCAGCAGAGAAGAAACGAUCAGGGUUGCGAUGCUGUUCCACAGGAAACGCAGGAGGUUUCAGAAGACGCACAUCAGGCAACAAAGCAGGAGAGGGAUCGGCCAAAGAGCAGCACGCAGACGGCAACCAGAGGCCGACAUUGGCGGCCUUCGCUUGGAAGCAUCUCGGAAGUGGUGAGCUAAUUCUGCAGCUGUCUCCUUCUGCUGCGGUCACCACAGAAAGACUAGUAUUAACGUGCUUCACAGUCUCAUGUCUCAGCCAUGGGAUGAGGCUUCAUCUGGUUAGUGUGUUCCUGUUUACGAGAAGCAUCACAUGGAAAAGAAGAAUUGGGAUCUGAAUUGUUACUGUGAGAGAAAUUUCAGAGAGUCCCUGUAAAGAUAAACACUCUUGAAUAACACGGUCUUCACGGUGUGCUCAUCACCAGUGUUCAGAAACAACAA